AUGCUGAUGAUAACAAAAAUUCUUCGUUGGAGAAAUGUUGAACGGGCACAAUGUACUUUACAACAAAACACAAUAAAAACGGAGAGCAUUAUUAUCAUAUCCAUAUAUCCACAUGAACAGUCAUCUUAUAUAUAUUGCAUAUGGGAAAAGCAGUCGAUUCAACAAUUUCUACAUAGCGUAGCAUUGGAUGAAAAGCAGAAGAAAAGGCUGAGAGAUAUUGUUUCUGAUUAUUUAGAAAUUAGAAGAACAUCAAAUCAAUCAAAUGUGCAACGUGUGUAUGUAGAUAUUCAAUAA